AGCCAGGGCCUCAAGAGGCCGGGUGGGGCCUCCUCAAGGCAGCUCCUGGGACUCCAGGGUCACAGACCACAGCCAGACACGGGCAGGCUGGAGGAAGUGAGAGGUGACUUCCUGGACCACCCAUGGCCAUGGCUUUAGCCCAGCAGCUGCGGGCGGAGAGCGACUUUGAGCAGCUUCCCGAUGACGUAGCCGUAACAGCCAACAUCGCGGACAUCGAGGAGAAGCGGGGAUUCACCAGUCACUUUGUUUUUGUGAUCGAGGUGAAGACGAAAGGAGGCUCCAAGUACCUCAUCUACCGCCGCUACAGACAGUUCUACGCCCUGCAGAGCAAGCUGGAGGAGCGCUACGGGCCGGAGAGCAGGAGCACCCCCUUGCCCUGCAGCCUGCCCACGCUGCCAGCCAAAGUCUUCAUGGGCGUGAAGCAGGAGAUUGCGGAGAUGCGGAUCUCGGGCCUCAACACCUACAUGAAGAGCCUCCUCAGCCUGCCGGUCUGGGUGCUGAUGGACGCCGACAUCAGGAUCUUCUUCUACCAAUCGCCCUACGAUGCGGAGCAGGUGCCCCAGGCGCUCCGCCGACUGCGCCCGCGCACGCGCAAAGUUAAGAAAGUGUCCCCCCAGCACACCAGCUUUGACCGGCUGGCAGCUCCGCGUGCAGAGGCCCUGUUUGACUUCACUGGGAACACCAAGCUGGAACUGAAUUUCAAAGCGGGGGAUGUGAUCUUCCUGCUCAGUCGGAUCAACAAGGACUGGCUGGAGGGCACCACCAAGGGAGCCACGGGCAUCUUCCCGGUCUCCUUCGUGAAGAUCCUCAAGGACUUUCCCGAGGAGGAUGACCCCACCAACUGGCUGAGAUGCUACUACUACGAAGACACCAUCAGCACCAUCAAGGACAUUGCCGUGGAGGAGGACCUCAGCAGCACCCCGCCCUUCAAAGACCUGCUGAAGCGGAUGAGGCGGGAGUUCCAGAGGGAGGACAUCGCCCUCAAUUACCGGGACGCGGAGGGGGACCUGGUGCGACUGCUGUCGGAUGAGGACGUGGGGCUCAUGGUGAGGCAGGCACAAGGUCUCCCCACCCAGAAGCGCCUCUUCCCCUGGAAGCUGCACAUCACUCAGCAGGACAACUACAGCGUCUACAACACCACGCCUUCAGCCACCCAGAGAUGAGGGACUUCAGGAAAGAAGGGGGGACCAGGAAAACUUCCCAGCUCCAGGGCACGGACCCCCUGCGCUUGGCUUGUUCUGUGUCUGUUUCUACACUUACCUCUGAAUGAAUGAAAUAAACCGUUUAUCUUGGA